CCCCUGCGCUCCCUCCGCACACCAGUGGCCUCCCUGCACUCUGUGGUCCAGGAGCUGGGAGGCCUGGCUGGGGGCCCCCACACCGUGGUGGUGCUGGGGCUGGGCGCACACUUCACCACCUUCCCUCCAUCCGUCUUUGUGCAGCGACUGGCAGGCAUCCGGGCAGCUGUGGCUGCGCUGCUGGCCCGGGAGCCCCACACUCUGGUGGUCAUCAAACUGGCCAACACUGGCUACAAGUCCGUGUAUGGCAGUGACUGGUUCACCCUCCAGGUGAACCGGCUCCUCCGAGCUGCCUUUGCUGACCUCCGUGUGGCCUUUGUGGAUGCCUGGGAAAUGACCUCCAGCCUGGCCCUGCCUGACAGCAUCCACCCAGUGCGGCUUAUUGUCCAAAACGAGGUGGACUCCCUCCUCUCCUUCAUCUGCCCCACCUGA